GUUUUUAUCUUGAGUCAUCCGAUUAAGAUUCACCGAUAACUACUAGUACCCACUAGGUGUGUAAAUCCAUAUAAAGGUGGUGAAAUCUUCAAAAGUUAUUUCAUAGAUAAACUGACAUAAUAGUGAUAGGUGGAAAAUGGCAGAAGUUGAAGAUACUCAUACACUUGUGAAUUCAGUCAUUGAUUUGAAAACAAUGGCAGAUGAGCAAGGUGCAGAAACUACCAAGAGCACGAUUGAAAUCGAUGAAUAUGAGUUGCAAAUUAAAGUAAAUCCAAUAUAUCAACAAUAUAUAAGUAGAUAUAACGAAUUCAAUCUCAAAAAUCAUUUAAAUUUGCAUUUAAUAAAAGAACAGCUUUGGCCAAAUCUUACAGGAUUUACAUUACGUGGACAAGAUAAGAUCAACUAUCGUUCUGAUUCAUUAUAUUUUAUAGAUGAAUCAUAUUGGGACUAUUCAGACAUCGAACAAAUUGAACCUCAUAAUAACAAUUAUUCAAUAACUUUUUUUCAUUUAGGUUCUAAUCUAUCCGGUCAUAAUGGAAUUGUUCAUGGUGGUUUAUUGGCUACAUUAUUAGAUGAAUUAACUUGUAGAUUAGCAUUCCAGAAUUUUGAAAGUAAAAAAGGUGUAACUGCCAAUUUAAAUAUUAAUUAUAGAAAACCUACUUAUGUAGAUCAAUAUGUGAUCAUAAAAUGUAUUAUGAUAAAGAAGUCUGGAAGAAAAUGUUGGAUUAAAGGUCAAGUAUUCAAAUUACCUGAAGCUUCUGAAGUUAGGGAUGAAUUUGAUCAUGAAAGCAACGAUAAUUUAUUGACUGAAUGUGAGGUAUUGGUUAUUGAACCAAAAUGGGUCCAUCAGUUACAGAAUAAGGAGACUCAGUAUUAAUUACAAUAUAUUUUCGGAUGAAUAUAUAUUGUUUAUAUUUAUUAUAUUUAUUUCUAAAUCUAUAUAU